CAGUCCUAAGCCGUCUCAACGACCAGUACCCGUGCCUCCUCCUGCAGCGCCUGCUCUUCAGAUUCAAUAGUCUCCUACUACUGAAAAGCCCAAAACGACUUAAACAACAUGUCGGACGAAGGUAAACUCUUCAUCGGUGGCCUCAGCUUCGACACCAACGAAGAAUCUCUGGCUGCGGCCUUCUCCAAGUUUGGAACCAUCGAGAAGGUGGACGUGAUCAGAGACAGAGAGACCGGGAAUUCCCGCGGUUUCGGCUUCGUGAAGUACGACAAUGCCGAGGAUGCCAAAGAAGCAAUGGACGGCAUGAACGGAACCACCCUUGAUGGCCGGUCAAUCCGCGUCGACGAGGCAGGACAAGGCGGCGGCCGUGGUGGUGGCCGUGGUGGUGGAGGAGGUGGAUUCGGGCGCGGAGGUGGCGGGAGAGGUGGUGGAGGAUAUGGCGGCGGUGAGAGAAGCUAUGGCGGCGGCGGCGGAGGAGGAGAAAGAAGCUAUGGCGACCGAUCAAGCUACGGAUCCGAGGGUCGUUCCGGUGGCGGCGGAGGUGGCGGCGGCUACAGAUCCGGCGGCGGAGGCGGCGGCGGAUAUUCCAGAGGUGGAGGAGGAGGCUACAGAGGCAACCGCGACGCUGGAUACGAAUAAAGCAUUCUUUCCACUGGCUUAAAAACCGUGGUAUAAAUAUAAUUGUGUUGAUAUGGACUAAGUAAAAGUUGUGUUUUCCCAGCAAGCUCCAUUCACGGUGACAAAGCACCAUAAUACUUUGACUUUGAGUUGAUUUUGAUAAUAAACAGCCUCAGGCAUUGUGAGUCACACAUGAAA